CACACGUCGCGUAGGUCUUCCCGUAGGACACUGCGCCACCUCCUCACGCAGCUCUACGAACCCAGAACAGCAACGCCCCGCCUCCUGUCUCACUCUUCACCUCCCCGCCCCCUCCCAGUUUCGCGACUCCUAGCCCGGCGCUCCCGCUAUAAUCACGUGAUUGCCUCAUCCGGGUCCUUUGCGUUCUCUCUCCCUCUCCCAACAUGGCGGCCUCAGCAAAAAAGAAGAAUAAGAAGGGGAAGACUAUCUCCCUAACAGACUUUCUGGCUGAGGAUGGAGGGACUGGUGGGGGAAGCACUUAUGUCCCCAAACCAGUCAGCUGGGCCGAUGAAACAGACGACUUGGAAGGCGAUGUUUCAACCACUUGGCACAGUAAUGAUGAUGAUGUGUAUAGGGCACCUCCAAUUGACCGUUCCAUCCUGCCCACUGCUCCACGGGCUGCUCGGGAACCCAAUAUUGACAGGAGCCGUCUUCCCAAAUCGCCACCCUACACUGCUUUUCUAGGGAACCUGCCCUAUGAUGUAACCGAAGACUCCAUUAAGGAAUUCUUUAGAGGAUUAAAUAUCAGUGCAGUGCGUUUACCACGUGAACCCAGCAAUCCAGAGAGGUUGAAAGGUUUUGGUUAUGCUGAGUUCGAGGACCUGGAUUCCUUGUUCACUGCCCUGAGCCUCAAUGAAGAGUCUCUAGGUAACAGGAGAAUUCGAGUGGACGUUGCUGAUCAAGCCCAGGAUAAAGACAGGGACGAUCGUUCUUUUGGCCGAGAUAGAAAUCGGGAUUCUGACAAAACAGAUACAGACUGGAGGGCCCGUCCUACCACAGACAGCUUUGAUGACUACCCACCUAGAAGAGGUGAUGAUAGUUUUGGAGACAAGUAUCGAGAUCGAGAUCGUUACGAUUCAGACCGAUACCGUGAUGGGUAUCGGGACAGUUAUCGUGACGGCCCACGCCGGGAUAUGGAUCGUUAUGGUGGCCGGGAUCGCUAUGAUGACAGAGGCAGCAGAGACUAUGAUAGAGGCUAUGAUUCCAGGGUAGGCAGUGGCAGAAGAGCAUUUGGUAGUGGGUACCGAAGGGAUGAUGACUACAGAGGAGGCGGGGACCGCUAUGAGGACAGAUAUGAGAGACGUGAUGACCGGUCAUGGAGUUCCAGAGAUGAUUACUCUCGGGAUGAUUAUAGGCGUGAUGAUAGAGGUCCCCCCCAAAGACCCAAACUGAAUCUAAAGCCUCGGAGCACUCCUAAGGAAGAUGAUUCCUCUGCUAGCACCUCCCAGUCCAGUCGAGCAGCCUCCAUCUUUGGAGGGGCAAAACCUGUUGACACAGCUGCUAGAGAACGAGAAGUAGAGGAGCGGCUACAGAAGGAACAGGAGAAAUUGCAGCGUCAGCUGGAUGAGCCAAAACUAGAACGGCGGCCUCGAGAGAGACACCCAAGCUGGCGAAGUGAAGAAACUCAGGAACGGGAACGGUCAAGGACAGGAAGUGAGUCAUCACAGACUGGGACCUCAGCCACAUCUGGCAGAAGUAAGUCAGACCAGGAUGCACGAAGGAGAGAGAGUGAGAAGUCUCUAGAAAAUGAAACAUUCAAUAAGGAGGAAGACUGUCACUCUCCAACUUCUAAGCCUCCCAAACCUGAACAGCCUCUAAAGGUAAUGCCAGCCCCUCCACCAAAGGAGAAUGCUUGGGUGAAGCGAAGUUCUAACCCUCCUGCUCGAUCUCAGAGCUCAGACACAGAGCAGCAAUCCCCUACAAGCGGUGGGGGGAAAGUGGUUCCAGCUCAGCCGUCUGAGGAAGGACCAGCCAGGAAAGCAGAUGAAAAUAAAGUGGAUGGGGUGAGUGUCCCAAAAGGCCAAAGUGGGAACUCCAGCCGUGGUCCAGGAGAUGGAGGGAACAAAGACCACUGGAAGGAGUCAGAGAGGAAAGAUGGCAAAAAGGAUCAAGACUCCCGAUCUGCACCUGAGCCAAAGAAACCUGAAGAAAGUCCAGCCUCCAAGUUCAGUUCUGCAAGCAAGUAUGCUGCUCUCUCUGUGGAUGGUGAAGAUGAAAACGAGGGAGAAGAUUACACCGACUAGACCUCUACAUCCUGUUUUCUCCAAGUCUCUCUCUACCCUGGAACAUUCGAGAGCAAACCAAACCUCUAGCCAGACAAGACAAAAUAAAACUCACAUCUCCUGGAGACUUCUUAACUUUUUUUAAAAAAGUGAAAUGAAAUGAAAUUUUCUUGCAUGCUGCUGCAGCCUUUAAAGUAUUGAACUAACUGGAGAAUCGUCAGUAUAGCCAGAAAGACAGACAUAUUUUAAUGGGAAAGUUGUGCACUUUUAUGACACAUGCAGUCGCCCGUGUGAUUAGUGCCUAGGGGGCCUCCAUUUAGGAAAAUGGCAGUGACAGGGAUGCAAUGUCUGGAAUCUGGUUGGGCAGUAGGGCAGGUAUGAGGAAGAGGAUGAGAUUUGUACCUUUAAUUCUUACUAUCCUAAUGUGGCAUUUAUGAAUUCUCAAAUAUCUGAAUAAAUUCCCUAUCCUUGGAAAGGUAGGUUUAGUCUCUGAAGUUUUAGUCUCCAGGAGGCUGCCAGCCCCUCCUCUUAUUUAAUUCUGAGUUACUGGGGCCAGCCUAGGGGGAAUGCCUUCAUUUUUACCCCCCAGGGGGGUAGCUGGGAGUGAGUCUACAGGCCUCUAAAGAAUAGGACUGCUUGGUGACCAAAAUAAGUGGGGAAAUCGUGGUUUGAAAAGAAGCUUUGGGGAGGUGAUGAAUUAUUUUGAACCAGAAAUAGGGGAAAAUGAUGUGACCUCCAAUAAACACAUGAAUGGUUACUUCCUGGAGCAGGAAGCACUUAGGGGUGUGGGAAUUCCCAAGUUUCUUAUGUGUCCUGGUUUUUCCCUUUCUUAAACACUAUCCUUUCUCAACGUUCAAAUACCCACAUUCUGUUGAAAUCUUGAAGCUUUUAAAUUUAGACUGUUGUCUUGUGUUCCUCAUGCUACUCUUUCCUGUUACCUCCCAAAAAGCAGCUUCUGUUGAAGCCACAGACCUAGUGCCCCCAGGCAUCUGGAUCCGCCCCUGGGAGCUGUCAAAUGAGGAAUCACUGCUCUUCUCAAGUAAAUCCUGGCUCCUUUGCCUUUGACUCUCCUGUUCAGUCCUGACCCCUUUUACACCUCAGAAAACUAGAAUGGUCUUAGGUGGUAAGGGCGGUGGACAAAUAGGGACAGUUAAACUGGGAGCCUUUCUUAUGACCUUGAUUGGGGUUUUUGUUUGGAGGCUUUUAAUUUUGCGGGUUUGGGGGGGUUGGGUUUUUCCUACAAGUUUCCUUUUCUCCACUGAAAUCCCACACCAGUGUUUGGAUUUAUAAUGUGGCCUAGAUCAGUGUGUGGUUUUGUUUUGUUUUUAGCUUCCCUUGAAAAUAAAUGAUAAUGGAGAGAACUCUUUAACAAGGUCCUGGUUUCUCUUGCAACACAGUAGCUUAACUUGCCUGCUUUUAUGUGUACCUUUGUACUGUCAGCUCAGUAGGUGGAAUCCUUAUGGGCAAUAUUGGUACCUACAGAGAAAUGAGACCUUGGUCUCUUGUUUGCAAGCCCUUCUCCCAUCAGUCCUAGGUUAGAGCCUGUCCAGCUAUGCAGGGGUGUUGGUUUACGAGUGCUGCAGCAGGGGGUAUAAUGAAUCAUUUACCCGGUGGACAUAAAAAACAUACUAGUUAAGUAACUAACUGGCUUGGAUGGCCAGGAAAUGGCUUUUAGUGAGACCCGAGGUUGAAAGGGUUUUUUUAACCAUUUGCUGUAGAUGAUGAAAAGGUAGGGUUUGCCCUCUUCAAGUCUACUCCUUCCAAAUAGUUGUGUCCAAAAAAGCGGUUCUUUCCCACUCCCCUACCAUGUCCCCCAUUAAAACAAACAGGGAUUUAUGUCCUACUCGAUACAUGUAAAAUUUGUACAAAAAUAUCUUCUAUGAAAAUGAUUUGUAAUCUGUAGACUUACUACCUGGGAGAUGUCUUGAGAUGUGAAUCCCAUCCUUUGGGUUAUGGGGGUUUUUUGUUUUCUCCAAAUAAAUCUGAUCUUUAAAGUUCA